AUGGCGGCCAGACCCAAGGUGCCAGUGUCUUUUGAGGACGUGGCUGUGUACUUCACGAAGACGGAAUGGAAGCUCCUGGACCUCAGACAAAGGAUCUUCUACAAGCGGGUGAUGCUGGAGAACUACAGCCAUUUGGUGUCUCUGGGGUUUUCAUUUUCCAAGCCACACCUGGUGUCUCAGCUAGAGCGAGGGGAGGCACCCUGGGUAACAAACACCGACAGAAUGGAGACUGGAGGCAUUUCUGGAGGUGACAGGAGCAUGACAUCGAUUUCAAAGCAGCAACAUUCUAGAAAAGAACUCCCUGGGGCUGGUCUUCAGGGUGGCAGUGAGGGUCAGCUGAGAAGACUGCAGGAGAAAACACUUCAACCUAAGCAGAAACACAUGCGUUCUCUGAGGUCACGUCCCAGGAGAAGUGACCGUCACAGGGAGAAAGGCCAAGGCAGCUCUGAGAAUGAGGGACGCUCAAACCUCACUCAGCAGCGGAGAGCAGCCACAAGAGAGGCCACUGUGCAGAGAAAUAACCGCGGCAGCUCUAGGCCAGCUCCGGUCUCCAGACAAAAGCAUUCAAAAGGCAGAGACAAACGGCAUGUAUGCCAGCAGUGUGGGAAUUCUUUCAGCCGGAACUCCAAUCUCAUCAAGCACCAGAUCAUCCACAGCACUGAGAAGCCCUUUGCCUGCUCUGAGUGUGGAAAACUCUUCCGGCGCAGCGUUGCGCUCCUUGAGCACGAGCGCAUCCAUAGUGGAGAAAAGCCCUAUGCCUGCAGCAAGUGCGGGAAGACCUUCACUAGGAGCUCCAACCUCGUCAAACACCAAAUUGUCCACAGUGACGAGAAGCCCUUUGCCUGCUCUGAGUGUGGGAAACUCUUCCGGCGCAGCUUCACACUCCUGGAGCAUCAGCGCAUCCACAGCGGUGAGCGACCCUAUGAGUGUGAUGAGUGCGGCAAGGCCUUCAGCCGGAGCUCUAACCUCAUUGAGCACCAGCGCACACACCGCGGUGACAAGCCCUACGUAUGCAGCCAGUGCAGCAAGGCCUUCAAGGGCGUGUCCCAGCUCAUCCACCACCAGCACGUGCACAGUGGCGAGCGGCCCUUCGAGUGUCAGGAGUGUGGCAAGGCCUUCCGGGGCCUCUCGGGGCUGAGCCAGCACCGCAGGGCCCACAGUGGAGAGCGGCCCUAUAAGUGCAGUGAAUGUGGGAAGGCCUUUGGCCGGCGCUCUAACCUUUUCAAACAUCAGGCUGUGCACAAGGGCCAAGGACCUCAUAAGUGUCAAGAUUGUGGGAAGGCGUUCCGGCACAGGUUGGCCCUUCUGGAACAUCAUCAGCAAGUCCACCAAGCCGAGCGGCCCUACAAGUGUGAGGAGUGCAGAAAGGCCUUCCACAGGCGCUCCAGCCUCGAGAACCACCAGCGCGUCUACCACAGCCGGGAGCCCGUCAAGGGGAAUUCAAAACGCAGCCACCGCCAGAACACCCACAGUGGGCUGGAGCCUUUCGAGGGUAGCAGUGGCAGCAAAGGUGUCGCUCAAAGCACUGGGGCCUCCCCUGCCCCAAAAAGGCGCACGGUAGAGCCUCAUCCUCAGAAUGAUAAGCAUCAAGAAGACUCCAAAUGCCAAGCUGUGCUAUCCUCCACUAAUGACUCCGCCUCAGACCGGGAGCGCUAG